UAUAUAAGACCCAUCCGAACCGCCUCCUGGCAUCACACUCCACAACUGUCUCCGCUCCGAACAGCUCCUCUACGAAGCUGAUUUCCUCUUUUCGCUCGCCAUCAUGAAGGUCCUGGCUUUGUUAAUGCUGGUAGCUGCUGUGUUCAGCGCUCCUUCGCCACAAGCGCCCGUUGCUGAGCCAGUUUACCCAAUCAUCCCCUACGAAUUCGCUUACGAAGUCGCCGACCCCCCAACCAACAACUUCCAGAACCGAGCAGAGAUCAAACUCCCCAACGGCGACGUCUUCGGUUCCUGGUCUGUUUUGCUCCCCGACGGAAUCAUCCAGACCGUCACCUACAAUGUUACUGGAAACCUGGGCUUCCAGUAUUCCAUAGUUCUUACACCAGUUGGAACUGCCGGUCGAUAGACUCACCCCGGAAAGACCAUAUAUACCAAAAUUCCAUUCUUUACUCGUCUCCUGGCCAGGCUUCAGGAUCAUUUUUCCAGACUCAUAAAGAUCUCUGGAAUGAUCCUGGACAACUCACAUCUGGUUGGCUUGUAGGAAAUUUCGAUCACUAAGAUCUGCUGGAGGUAUCUAACCUUUCCAGCCCCUGGAACGACACUUACCAAAGUCUGGAAGCUAGCUACUGGUAGUUUUGUGAAACCUUCCCUCUGAGGAGACCAACUUUAACAGAGUCCUGACCUUCAUGCCGACUUCGAUUGUGGAUGAUAAUUCUGAAACACCGAGCACUGGGAACUGGAAAUAAGUCUGACUGAUGAUACCAAAGAAUGGUAUUUCCAGAAUUAGUAUGAAGCAUGAUUUUAUAAUGGUGCUAUGUCAACUUGAUUGACUUUUCCAUUUUGUUUAGAAAUAUGAUCACAUCGUCGCGACUGUUUCCAUUUUCCACUGAUGUUUUAGAAGCGAUUUCUCAUGUGAGAUGGAUACUACAUUUUUAUAUUUUUCUUCAGAUAUUUUUGUUAUGUUGAAAUUCACCUCAUCAGCUCUUCUCUCUUCGUUUCUUGAGUAAUUAUCUUCAUUCUCAUCUCAAAUCAUCAUCAUUAUAUAUUUUGUACUACUGUUAUGAUAACAAGAGGCCUUUUGUUAUUUGCGCAAAUACAUUAUAAAAUGACAUA